AUGUUCUCCGCUGCAAGGCUUGCUUUCUCGAACGGGCAGAGGCGUAACAACGUACAGGCCUUCUCUACUUCGCCGUCGCGGUCGUAUGAUGUAGCUAAACUCAUACUUGUCGGCCGCCUGGGCAAAGACCCCGAGGUGCGCACGACGAAGAGCGACCGUGAAUAUGUCGCAUACACCGUCGCGACCACCAACUAUCCACCACCACCACCCAACCCUGACGGCAUUCGGCAGGAAGCCGGGACGUCUUGGCACCAUGUUAUCUCAUUCAACCCCGCUCAGAAUAAUUACCUCAAGUCACUCUCCAAAGGAGCUCAGGUUUACGUCGAGGCCAACUUCGAACUGCGUGAACCCGACCAGAACUCAGAUCCGUCCACGCCUGCGGGUCAACGCCAGAUUUUCCUUCGACAUGAGACGAUUCGGGUGCUCCGAAAUCCGCACACACAGAACACCUCUGAGUAGAUUCUGGUCAUCUUAUCAAGUCUACUGGUCAUGUGGUAUCAUUAUAUAGUAUGCUAUCUCAAUCCGUAACCUCAAAAGAGCUACGACGAUGGAUCGAUUCUUCGUGAACACUUUCCCUCCGUUGAAUGUAACGGGCGUCGCCAAUGUGUAGUUCAGAAGAACCUUCACCCGCACCUCGCAGCUCAGGGUUUGCAACCGC